UUGAAGGACUCGUGGUUCCGGUGCGGUUCGUCUGAGCUGAUGGAGGUGCGAGGUCCCGGUCCCGAGUUGGUUCUUGUUUUUAGCGGGAAGCGGAAGUCCGGGAAGGAUUAUAUCACGGACCUGAUCUCAGAUCGUCUGGGUCCAGCGGUCUGCAGUGUGCUGCGUCUAUCUGGACCACUGAAGAAACAGUACGCUCAGGAACACGGCUUGGACCUGGACCAGCUGCUGGGUCCUGGUCCGUAUAAGGAGCAGUACCGGGCCGACAUGAUCCUCUGGGGAGAAGCCCGCCGCAGCCAGGACCCAGGCUUCUUCUGUCGCUUAGCAACCGCAGGAGCAGCGCAGCCUGUGUGGGUGGUCAGUGAUGCGAGGCGGCUGUCAGACCUGCAGUGGUUCCGGUCCGAGUUCACGCAGCAGACCGUCAGCGUGAGAGUUCAGUGCUCAAAUGAAACGCGGCAAAAAAGGGGGUGGAGCUUCACCCCAGGCGUGGAUGACGCUGAGUCAGAGUGCGGGCUGGACGAAGGCGUGCACUUUGAUUGGGUAAUCACCAACGAGGCCGCCGCCCCCCCCCUGGAUGAGCAGCUGCAGCCAAUCCUGGACCUGGCGAGAAAGGCUGCCGCUUCAGCCAAUCAGUGACCCUGCACACUCACCUGGUCGAUUAGAGGCUGUGCAGCGACGGCAGACGUAGAACUGUUCUGCAUCUCAGGUCCAGAGUGGCAAUGCACGUUGGGUAAAACGUCCUCAGUAAUGCAGCUGAUCAGAACGAUCGACGGCUCCACAGAUCAAUAAAGAGUCGCUGUCUA